CCCCCCAACACACACACAUCUCCUCCAUCGAAACCAGUUCCGUAUUUCUGCUCUCCUACUUUCUCAUGUGACAGCUAACUCGACCCCCCAAAAGCCCAGCCGAAAACACACCGCGCGCCACCAUGAAGGAGCACUGCUGAUUUUUACGAGAUACAAAGGGCUUCAGCAGAGGAGCACAAUGUUGAAAACGCAGCACACAUGAUAUUGUAUUUUUUCAUUCAACACAAAAUGUUGAGCAUGCCUGGAAGUAAAGGCAAGGCACACUCUGGCAGAGCAGUGCUUUGAGCCCUACCUCCAGCUGUUCACUCCAUAUAUCUUCAUCAGCCCCAUACUCUCUCUCGCCGAUAUCCCUCCACCAGCCCUGCAGCAACAGGUGAAGAUGACCACACAGAGGAAGCACUUAGUCAAGGAUUUUAACCACUUCAUCACCUGUUACGUGUGUAAAGGAUACCUGAUCAAGCCCACUACCGUGACCGAGUGCCUGCACACCUUUUGCAAAAGUUGCAUCGUCCAACAUUUUGAAGACAGCAAUGAGUGUCCCAAGUGUGGUAUCCAGGUCCAUGAAACAAACCCCCUGGAAAUGUUAAGGUUGGACAACACUUUAGAAGAAAUCAUAUUCAAGCUUGUGCCUGGCCUUAGAGAAAAGGAACAACAAAGGGAGAUUGAAUUUUGGAAAAGGAACAGGUCAAAAGAAAAUGCCGAUGAUGAUGGCCCCAAGUGUAAAAGGGCGAAGAUGGAGGAGGAGAUUGAUGACCGAGGGGACGGAGACUACCACAGGAGUGACCCUCAGAUAGCCAUCUACCUGGACUGUCUGCGCAACAAUGGUCAGAUGGGAGAGAAUAUUGUUAAGGGCUUAAUGAAGAAAUUUAUUCGCUGCUCAACUCGCGUCACAGUCGGAACAAUCAAGAAGUUCUUAAGUCUGAAGUUAAAGCUUCCCAGUUCUUAUGAGCUAGACGUUCUAUGCAAUGGAGAGAUCAUGGGGAAAGAUCACACCAUGGAAUUCAUCUACAUGACGAGGUGGAGGCUUCGUGGUGAAAACCGCUACCCAAUGGUACUUGAAUAUCGUCCCCGUAUUGAUUUUGGAUAGAAGCAUAGAGGCUCCUGCACUACUCUCAGCCCAUCAACAUACAGAACAGUGAAUGGAUGUGCUGUACAGGAGCGACACUGUUCUGCUUUUAACCUCCUUUCUUUCACAUUUUUAAAAAAUUCAUUCUUCUUCUAGAACUUUCUCAUUCCUCAAAUUUCUUGUCACCACAAGAACUGUAACUCUUGCUGACUCCUGUUCCAGUUUGCUAGUAGGAUGUUUGUUUGCCAUGUAUGUCUCGUUCCUUUUAGUGGUCUAGCAGCAGAACUGUUGACAUACGCAGUUUUGGGCCCAAGGAAAUACUUUUACUCUUCAAGUGCUUUCAAUUGUUACGUCAGUUGCUUGUAUCAGUAACUAUAAUAGUGCCUUUUCCACACAUUCUGUUUCAGUGAUGAGAGUCACUGAUCCCAGCCUUUUUGUACAGAUAGGCCUACUUCAUAUUUGAAUUUUGUCCAUAGUUAGUAAGGAAAUACACAGUGGUGUCUUAUCAGUCCCAGACAUCUUCUGUUAUUAUUAUAAUAAGCUAUGUCUGUCAAUAUCAUGCUCUCAUUUACGUCCCCAAGCUGUCGUACUGUAGUUGAGCCAUAAAGAGCAGCAGUGUCUACAGUGUCUACUGGGAUUUGUUCUAAUACCUUUGCAACAAAGAAGGAAACCUGGUCAGCAGAAGUGAAGAAAUCAUGCAAGUCCUCCACUAGAGUAAAAGAACUUUUGAAGGAAUUAACUUUUAAAUCAGUUAGAAGUGAACAUCUGGAAUUCAGACAUCCUCUUUAGUUAGUAUACACAGUUUCACAAUUAACAGAAAAUACUGAAUACAGAAAAUUGGACAGUGGUUGUGAAUUGAUGCAGGGGUCAUAAUAUCUAUAACACAACUAUAGCCUUUUUUUUUUACUCUCCAAAAUGACCAGUGAACACCCACGUCUUCUGAGAUGUUAUAAUGUACUGUUGAAAAUGGUGACAUACUGAAAAACCUUAAAAAGAAAUUCUUUGGGUACUAUUUUGCCUUACAGUGCCCUGCAUGUAUUUUUCCAAUAUAUAUUUUAGGCCAAAAUCUUGUCUUAAUACAUUGAAAGAGACUUGAGCCUUUGCUUCAAGAUAGUUUUGAAGAACUUUUGGCCUUACAUAUAUUUCUAAAAUUCCACUUUAAGAACCAAAUGUAAAAGUAAAUAUAUGUAAAGUUAUGUAAUGGCUAUGAUCCAGAAUUCAACAAGUUGAUUUUUGUCAAAACUAUAAUAAAUAUUUUAUAUCUCUUAGUUAUAGUGGAGUAAGUAUGUUAGGAAUCUCCAAAACUGUACUUAAUAAAGUACUGAUGCUCAAAAAAGCUGCGUACUGUAGUGGAGUGCUUGUACUCUAUUACUGUGAAUCCCUUCUAAUUAGCAAAAUCGGGUGGUUGCUGUUGUAACAAAACCUCAUAUCUCAGAAAUAGUAACUUUGAAGGAGAAGGAAAAUGUUCUAAACUGUAAAUGCACAGCAGUUUUACUCAUUUUAGAACAUUUCUACUGGUGCAUUCAUCAUGAAAUUUGCACAUAAAGUAAAAGGCAACCGGUGUUUUCAAAUGGUGAUAAAUGUUGUUGAUAUGACACUGACAGAACACUGCUAUGCACUGCAGCUCUGAAUGGACAGCAUGAAGUAUCUAUACCAGCCCAGCAUAACUACUGCACGUUAAAACAUAAUGAAGAAGGUUUUUCUUCAUCAGUGACGGUGGCUGUGUGCCGCACUUUUUCUGCCCUAGUAAAGUCCUACUCACUGGCUCCAGCUCAUUUACAUAUGCUGUUAUUGAAUGACCCUUGGGUUCUCAUAAGCUCGGAUUGUAUUAUCAUUAAGCUACAUAUUUUCAGUAUUUCUGUUUAUUGUACUGUAUGUCAUGAUGGAGCUUCUGUACUCUUCAAAUUCACUUGUUAAAGCUGCACUAUGUAAUUUUUUUUGUGAAAACUGAAAAACGUAGGAGUCAGGAGGAAAAAAGGCUAAAAUUUGUUGUGUGCACUGCUGCAAGUCACCCUGUAAAGCCUGCAAUAGUUAUUUAAGUGUCAGAGGUGUCAGGUCGGAUGUCACGGGACUUUUUUGGACCACGUCACACGUCUUUACAUAUUAACUUCACACGCACAGUCUCAAUUGUUUAGGUCUAAAAUGCAAAAUCAGCAUUAUACUGAUGAAGAUAUGAUGACAAUAGUAGAUAAUUCACUCACAUUCUCAGAAGACACGUCCUUCAACAAGUUCUGCACACAGUCGGCAUAACCUACAUUACCAAAUGUUCUUCUACAUGUUGUGUGCAAUUACACAUUUCCACCAGAGAGGUCUCCAAAUCCCCACAUCUUACAUAGUGCAGCUUUAAUUCAUUUGUGUCUUUUUCUUCAUAGAUCUGAUUCAUUUUCCAAAGGUUGUCUUGGUGUCUUCUUAGGCGUCCUAGCUUUAAAACGAGGCCAGCAAUCCUGUCUAAUGUCAAAUUGCUAGAAAAAAAACAAAAAAACAAAAAACAAAGUGUCCAAAAAUAUGUGAGUAAUCAAGGCACAAUCCGAGUGAGCUUACUCUUUUAUUCUAGUUUUCCAUCUGAGAUAACCAUGUCAAGAUAUGCAAUCCCGUAAUUAGAUCUUGUGAAGUUAUUGCUAUAAACACAAUCUCCAUUCUACUGUUAGAACUUUCAUAUUACACCAAAGACGCAAAACUUCAACUAAAAACUCAAACAGCACUGAACUUGCCUUACAGCUACUUUACAUUCACAGAUGCUUUAAAAGCCACUGAAGGCAAAAAAUGAUGGCUUUCUUUUUGUUGUACAUUAGACAAACUACCUAGCAAAACAAGCAUUGUAGACAGUAUUUCAGCCAAUUUUCAGAAACUUAUGGUUAUGGUUGAUGGGAUUAGCUGAGUAGAUGCGAGUCUUUGAAAAGUUCCAUCUAACCAAUUUUGAUGGAUUUUACCAAAAAAAAAAGAAGUCAUUUUUUGGUCAUCAAACAUCAACCUGUAAUGAAGCCUAAGAAACCCUUUUCGUCUGUUCUUUAUUGUGUGUACAUCAA